AAUCUGAAAUGCAACAGCUGUUCGUAGCAAUAGGUCUGUUAGAUUAAUAUAGCUGCCUUGCAUGCUGCAACAGACCCGUAGACUCUCAAUGGCUGUCUCUUUUGUGCAUUUAUUUCUGAUUAAUGAAUGUGCACACUUGCUGCAAAAGCAGAUCAGGACUUGCAGCAGACCAACGUCAAGCUCAGUGCCUACACUAGAGACACUAAUAACCUCAGUAAUCAUACACCCUGAUGAAGGAAUGCAUGUAUAUCUAUGCUGCAUGCAAUCCAAAUAUAAAACAGGAUAAAAAAUUCAGCACAAUGCAGCUAAGACAAAUGUGGUCUGUGUCUCUAAAUCACAGUUGCCUUUGACCGUUAAUGAAAUAAUGACUGUACCUGUUGUGCAAUAGAUACAGACAUCCUAUAGGCAACACUCCAAGCAAUGAGAGACAUAUGACUGUGGAGGAACUCUGGGUUUGUCAAGUGGCUGGCUCAAAGGUUUGGUGGAAAGUAGUCUUCAGGAGUUAUAUUUCAAUUUUCUGUCAUUUACUCUUCUCUCUCUUUCUGUGCGUGUGCGUGAGUGUGUGUGCAUGAGUGGGUGGAAGCUCUGCACCUUUAUUCUGUUACUGCCUUCCUUCUGCAGUGAUGUGUGAACGCCAAGCAGAAUGUGGAGGAGGAGCUUCUAUAUGAAAGCAAGAGAGGGAGCGAGGUAGACACAGAGCGAGGCAGAGAUGGACAGAGAAACAUACAGAGGCAGAAUAGUGAUAAAGAAAGAAAAAGAUGCUGUUUAAGUUUUAACCAAAAUCUGACAUUUCAGCUUUUAUGAGUGGAAUACGGGACACGGACUUGACAAUGAACCUCACCAGCGAAUAAUUACUUAUGGUGCAUCCGUUAUGCGACUUGAUCGAUUUCUGAAGGUGAAGAAAAUGUUCAACAGUUGAAAAGCACUUACGUUUCUUCAUAUCCAAGGCACACAAUGUCCGAGCAUGAGGAUCUGAGCAAAGCCAUGGGCCACUGGAACGCCUCGGAAAGCUACCAGCUGAAUGCGGCUAGCGUGAUUGUGUCCGUAGUGUUCUCACUCAUCUUUCUGCUGGGCACAGUGGGCAACAGCCUGGUGCUUGCUGUGCUCCUGCGCAGUGGACAGCUCAGCUACAACACCACCAACCUGUUCAUCCUCAACCUCAGCGUGGCCGACUUCUUCUUCAUCAUAUUCUGCGUGCCUUUCCAGGCCACUAUCUACUCGCUGGAGGGCUGGGUAUUUGGAUCCUUCAUGUGCAAAGUGGUGCACUUCUUCAUCAACCUCACCAUGUACGCUAGCAGCUUCACCCUUGCUGCUGUCUCUGUUGAUAGAUAUUUGGCCAUUCGUUACCCACUGCGCUCCAGAGAAUUACGAACACCCUGUAAUGCGGUUGUUGCCAUGGUGAUCAUUUGGGGUCUGUCUCUCGUAUUUGCCGGCCCUUACUUAAGCUAUUAUGACCUGAUAGAUUUCGAAAACAGCAACGUGUGUGUCCCUGGUUGGGAGGAACACAACCGUAAAGUGCUGGAUACCUGCACCUUCGUGUUUGGCUAUGUCAUCCCUGUACUCAUCGUCAGCCUGUCUUACACACGCACCAUCAAGUAUCUCUGGACAGCUGUUGACCCGCUGGACGGCAUGUCCGAAUCGAAGCGAGCCAAGCGUAAAGUCACCAAGAUGAUCAUUAUUGUCACAGUGUUGUUUUGCAUCUGCUGGCUGCCCUACCACGUGGUCAUCCUGUGCUAUUUGUACGGAGAUUUCCCCUUUAACCAAACCACUUACGCAUUCAGGCUGCUCUCACACUGCAUGGCCUACGCCAACUCCUGCCUUAAUCCCAUUGUCUACGCUCUGGUGUCCAAACACUUCCGCAAGGGCUUUAAGAAGGUGUUCAGCUGCAUUCUCAGCAAGAAGGGUCGCAAUAAGGUGCACGUGGUCCAACUGGCUAACACUGUGCCUGGCUUUGAAGCUGCCUCCACCGAGGUAUCACACAUGAACGAAGAGAACGGCAGACAGAAUGAGCGUGAGAUGGCUGAUCGCCCGCUCACAGAGUCACAGGAUGCCACCAUGAAUAUAACAUUACCUUGCCAGAAGCAGCCAUGAGCAGUGGAUGGUAGCAAUGGUCAAAAGGGCAAAGACAUAACAUCACAAUACUUUCCAUGAUAGAUACUGUGUUUUCUUCUUUUUUUUUUCUUUUUCUUUUCUUUUUUACUUACUGCAAAAAAGUUUGGAAAAGCUCCAGUGUACUAGCUAAGAACCGAUUUUUUUUCAACUCUUGGAAAAAGAUAUGGCAAAAUAGAAAAACAUCCAAUUAUCUUUCAGUUACUUUGUGCUUUUAAAUUCAUUUAGUGACACCAGAUGUUUUGGGGUUUAAUUAAUCAAGAUUUGCUACUUAUCGCAAAAUAAUGUAAUCAUGAUAUAAGCUAUUUUGAUAAUGAUAGCACUAACUGCUGGUGCUAUAAAAGCCUUAUUGAAUUGUGAAACGAUUGUACCACUGCCACUGGACAUACUGUAACCCAUACGCUUUAACACUGACUAUAUAUAGACACAGGUUUCCUAAACCUAACCUAACCUAAAAAAAAAAAACAGACAAUAUAUUUUUCACUAUAAUAAAUUAUUUAUUUUAGUGUUUUUUUUUUCUGGUAAGUAAUUAAAAUUUAUUCUUAAAGCCCUGAUGUGUUAUUUAAAAGCUGGAAAUAUCUAUUUUUAAUGGCUUUUGAACAUGUACAUGUAAUGUAUGACGCUUCUGUAAUGAUGCAAUGAUCCUGUGAUAAAAUUGCAGCCGAUUAUUAUGUAAUGCACUCUAAUAUCUUAUUAAUUCUGUAUUCAUAUGAAAUAAUAUUGAUUUCUUUCAAGCUUACAGCAUUUUGACACUUGUGAUUUUCUGUCUUACUUCUGGCCCAUCUCUGCUUGCUUGUGAUCUUCUUACACAGACUACAUUCAUAAUUAAGUGCAAUUCCCAUCCUAGAUUUCACUUCUUCAGUGUUAAUUAAUGCAUCAUACAGGCGUAAACAAAUGGGCUCAUACCAUUUUGCACUUUUAUACUGGUUGUUUUCAACCUUCUGAGGUUAUUGUCAUGAACGCCUUAUUCCAUGUCUAGCUUUUCUUUGGUAUUAAAGAGUAGAGUGUACAGAAUUGAGAUUUAA